CCGACUCGUCAGUCCCGCCCUCGGUUCUUUCGCGUUUUCGAUUCAAACUUAGUCUCCGUUCGUCGUUCGGACGGUGAGGUGUGCAUAGCGCGUGUGCGCACUUGUUACUGUGGCGUACUGCGAGGUUAUCAUGGACGCGCCCGGCGGAGCGCGGGAGCCCCGCUUCGGGUCGCCGUAUAGUAUGGGAAUCCUCGGCGAGAUGCCGGACAUGUACGGAGCUGGCCGGCCGCCCAGCGCGCUCGGCGGCGGCGGGCUGCGGCCCGGCAUGCAGCCCUGUCCCAUGCCGCGCGCCGGAGUCAAGCGGCCCUCGGACCAGUGCUACGACGAGAGAGCGCAGCAGGGGGUCGGCCUGGAGCACUGCCCCAUGCCCGACAUAGCAGACGACGGCUAUGCUUCUCUUCAGCCCAAGAAGUCGCCACCUUCCAAUGGCAAAAAGACCAAGGGUCGUGUAAAGAUCAAAAUGGAAUACAUUGACAACAAACUGCGACGGUACACGACAUUCUCCAAACGGAAGACUGGGAUUAUGAAGAAGGCAUACGAGCUGUCGACCCUGACAGGGACACAAGUGAUGUUGCUAGUCGCGUCAGAGACAGGCCACGUGUAUACGUUCGCGACGCGGAAGCUGCAGCCAAUGAUCACGUCAGACUCUGGCAAGCGGCUGAUCCAGACGUGCCUUAACUCUCCAGACCCGCCCACCACCAGCGAGCAACGCAUGGCUGCGACGGGCUACGAGGAAACAGAGCUCACGUAUAACGUAGUAGACGAGGAUAUGAAGGACCUGGAAUCUACGAUAAAAAGGAAAAUAGCUAAGGUCUUUGGUAACGACUUCGAUGGCAGAAGCAGACAUAACCCCUUAAACGAUUCCCAACUAACACGCUGUAUUAAACUGUCUAGUCCAGUACAGAAAACUAUCAAAUUAGAAAGUUCCACUCAUCAGGAUGAACCAGCAUCUUCAGGAGACAGUGGAGACGAGAGUGGCAGUGAACCAGAGUCACCGAGUGAGAAGCUACUACAGGUACACAAGCAAGAGUGGACCUGUGAUAGCAAUGAACGGGAAACCAAAAAUAAAGAAUCCCACAACGACGCACUAGCUUCCACAUCAUCCACUACUCAAGAAGCUGACAGCAGCAAGCCAUCGUUGCCCAAACUGAUGCCCAAGAUUGAACAAAUGCCUGGAGGAGCCAUGCUGUAUCCUGGCGUCUUGGCUGGGCUGGACGGCAUCAGUAGUAACCUUGGACUGGGCAAUCUGGCCAUGGGUUACCCACACGGAUUUAUAUUGGGACUGGCUAAUCAGGGUCAAGAAGGCGCGUCAUCAUCAAGCCAACCUCAGUUCAUUACGAUCCCACUGUCGAUGGCAAUGGCAGCGGCAGCCGGCGCGCCCACUGCCACCGUCACCAACGGCUGCGGAGCCAGCGCCUCCAGCGACGACAGCAGCGAACUACAAGACUUGAGCACCGGCAGAAAGUGACGCGGGACUACGAUUACUCGCGCGUCCGCUGGAGAUCAUAUAUGUAUCAAUAUAAAUCUUAUGAUAAUAAAAAAAAAUUAAAAAUGUAUGUACCAAAGUUUAUAUUUGGACUCCUAGCAAUAACAAGCUAUAUAGAAUUGUUGGUAGGUAGGUAGACAUAAUCAAAAUCAAAGUGUAUUUUCUUUUGUCAGUUUUUCCAUCAUAGGGCCUUGGUGUGAUUGCAAGCGAGUAGCGAUUUAGAUCUUCUUUCGUCGCUAUAUCACUUAUGAGAUUACUGCAUACAUUCUCUAAUAAGAAUUAUAAUGGAAGAAUCUGUUGUAAAACCCUAUUUGAUUAAGUUACCAUGAUUGUAGUAUGUACUACCGGGUUGUGCGACCAUCCAAUCAACUGUAGUUUUUGUUCUGAUGUCUCUUUGCGCCGCCAUUAAAGAUCUUCACUAAUCAUAACUCAACUGAAUUCAAAGAACAUAAUUUGUAUUUUCUUGUUGUAGUAGUCGUAUGGAACGGCACUGUUUCUAUUUCGUGACUCGUUUGCAACUAAAUCCCUUGGCCUGUUUAUAAAAUAAAAUGGUGAUGGAAAUAUUAAAUGUGACUUAACUUUUGUUGCAAUGCAUGUACUUGCCAUUUGCCAAACAAGUCAAAGUGACUACGAAAUGUUAUAAAAUCGUGUAUUUGUGUAAAAUCAAGGACCUUAAUUUAUUACACUUAGGUAUGUAGAUAUUAAUAAUAAUAAAUUAAUAUUGUUUGUGUAAAAAUAACAGAAUAUAUUUGCGUAUUUUUGUACCAAACAUAAAUACUUAUUAAAAUGUAAAUUCAAGGUUUUUACCUAACACUGGUACACUUGUUUGAAGCGCAUUUUAAAUGUAAACUGAGUUCUACCGUACUGUAGUUUUUUUUUAUUUUCUUUCUCUUUAGCACUUUGUUUAUUUUUAGUUGUAAUUAAAUUUAUACGGAAGCGGGUAGGUUUUGAGAAAUGAGGUAGUUUCUACUUAGGAUUUAAAAUAUAUCGAAAGUUCUUACCUCGUGUUUAAAGUACUUAUUACUUAGCUUUUUCAUUAAAUAUAAUCAAUUUAAGAUAAGUUUUUAAAGCAAUUUACUUGUACGUAAAUGCUUUAAUCGUCAUAUCAUUAAUGUAAUGCUAAGAGCAUGAUUUUAUAAAAAAAAAAUAAAAAAUCUCAUAAUAAAAUUUAUGAUACGACGUACCCGCUUCCGCUACCUCUUAAGCGUCCGCUGUCAUUGCGACCGCGGCCCUAUCGUCACUAUCAUGGAAGCAUUUAUACUUAUGUUUUUUUUUUAUUUACAGUAUUUUAAUUUUUCCUUUCUUCGAGACUACGGGCUAUUAGAGUUUCAUUAGAAAAAAAAAUACUUUGUAUGUAGUAUGUUUGUCCCAUAAGUAGAGUAGUGGCAAGCAUGAUGGCUGACCUCCAUUUUGGGUUCGAUUCUCAAACCAGGCAAAGUUCUAUUUAAUAUUUGGAAACCAUAUUAACGAUUUUACAAAUGCAAGAAAAUACGUACAUUCAGACUGCUAAAUAAUAUCUCGAAACAAGUAUUAAACAUGAUCACAGUAUUAUAAGUAUACUAGUCAAAGUUUCACGUAUUUUCUGUCGUCUGCGAAGUCGAAUUGUUGGAGUUUUCUACUAAACAAUUAGUUAUUGUUUAAAUAUGUUAUUGCCACUAUUAAUACGAAAAAUAUUAGACAGGCCUAUGUGAUCAGAGUAUGUUGUUAUUAAAACUUUCCUGAGACACAAUAACUUAAUUAUUAUGUUUUCGACUUACGUAACAGUUUGACGAGGCAUUCGACUAGUUUCAAGCCAUGCUAGGGGCUCAUAUUCAUGACCAGCAUUCCGCGACCCGCGAGGCGGUGGCCACUUGGGUCUGCUGCAAGCCCCUGGCAUGGCUUGAAACCAGUCGAGUUUAUCAUAAAGCUUUCGCAAAUAUUCUUUAGGAAAAUUUUAAUACAACCGUACUCAUUGAUUACGUACCUGUCUUAUAUGGAUAUUAAUUGUUCACAGCUAAAAUACCUUGAUAUCGUCUUUCAUAAUGUUAAUUUGUAUUAACUCGUCCUAAAAUACUUUUACGUAUUUUAAAAUUACUCAAUUUGUAUUUCGUCGAAAUUGUAUUUUGUCGUUUUUGUAUUUUAGCCUGUAGUCUCUAUUUCGUACAUCGAUCAAGUCAAUAACAAUGGCUUAACUGAUUUUUUCUUAUUGUAAUACAUAAAUGUUCCUUUUGUUUCGAUUUUUUUAAAUAAAAUUAAAUAAAAAUUG